AUGAAGGUUCUGACAGUACUAUGGACGGUAUGUCUAGUGAGACUCUGCCAUGGUGAAGAUGAUUUACAAGCACAAACCUCCCCUGAUACUACCGAACAAGAAUCUCCUGCUCCUGAAACAUCUGAAGAACCUCAACAUAAUGAGGAAGCAUCUGAAAAAACUCUUCAGGAUGUUUCUACAGAGGAUGUGACUAAUAUAGACCAGUCAGAUUCUAAACCUGAUUUAAAAUCCAAGGUAGACUCUUCACAGUUCGAUCUUGAAGAAGAAGAUGAAGGUAGUGUAAAGGUUCUCAAGUUGACUGUAAAGAACGGUGGUACGACAAAGGAGCUCAAGUAUGAUGGUAAGGAGGUUUGGUCUGCUACCUGGAUAGUUGGCUUUCCCUGCUCUUCAGCAAGUCUAUACUUUGAUGGAGAAAAACCAACUUUGGUCAUCCUAAAAACGAAAGGUUGGGGUGGUAAGGAAUCCACAGUAUACAAGCACCAUGAUGGAAGUAAAUGGAAUACUGGUGAUAAGGAAGAACAUAACAAGAAGCUUGAGGAAUUGAGGAAGAAGACUUCUGAUACACCCGUGGAAUCUGGGAUUAUAGACAUUAGCAAUAAACCUAAUGAUAAAGAGGCUAUCUUUGUUGAAUACGACGAUGAAGGGAUUGUCUACAAAAGUUACACAUUGAGGGAUAAUGUUACUGCUAAGACUGUCAAGGACGGAGAUGCUACAAUAUGGACUGCAAAAGACGGGCAUGAAUGCCUAAAGAUCUUUACAUAUUCCAAUGAUAAUGUUAACCUCUGCCGUCUAAAUGUCAAAUCCUCCGAUGUAAUCACUCCUCAUUUUUUUGAGAAGGUAGACGGGGAAUGGAAAUCACUAGAACAUCCAACAUUCUCCCAAAAACUAAAUGCUCUUUUAGAACCUGUAAACAAAAAAAUGAGACUAGAAUUCUUGAUGUUGUCAGAUGAUGUAGCUGACCUUUAUGAAUAUUAUUCGGGUGGAAUGCUAGUUACCAUUGCAUUCCCAAAGUUCAAGACGACGAGUGUAUCUUAUAUAGGGGAGAUUUGGAAGGCUAAUGAUGAUAAGGAAGAGUGUGCUUGCGCUCGUUUCUAUACUAUAAGAGGAUGGAUAUGUAGAGUUUAUAUAAAGAAGGGUGAUGGUACAGAGAUCAAAAAUUUUGAAUAUAGUAAUAAUAAGUGGAAUAGUGUCACUAACCGUAACACACUUAUAAACACCUGUAACUCCUAUAUACCUUCUGAGGACACCAAAACAAAAGUUACAUCUGGAAGUAUAGAUGUUACCAAGGAGGACAAUACAGUUUAUAAUACUAGGACUUUUACAGUAUCCGGAGUAAAUGUAAAGAGAUACAUUCCACUCCCAGAUAAAUUUAUAAAUGAAGUUAAAGACGGAGGACUAUCAAUAUGGAAAGCCCCUGAUGGAAUGAAGAGAUGUGUAUCCUGUGAGUUUAAAUCAAAGGGGAAUGUUUCCUUAACAAGUAUGCUUGUUUGUACCUCUUUUGAGCUAUGGUUUCUCUAUUUUGAAAAGAAUGGCAAUGGUGAAUGGAAGAGUAUAGAAAGGAAAGAGUUUGAUAAGAAGAUAGAGGAUAUGAAAAAUAUGGAGACUCCUCAGCCUUCUGUAGAAUCCACUGGAAAUGAUCCUCAGGAUGUUUGUGCUCCAUCAGAUAAUACAGAUACUCAAUCAUCUGGACAAGUUACAUCUCUUCAAGAAUCAGGUAAUGACCAUUCUGAAAGUCCUUCAAGUGGCUCUGAAGAACAGUCACCAACUGAAGAAGAUGCAAGGGAACAAGACAAACCUCAAGAUAGCGAGUAA